UAAUCCCCCGAAAAUAGAGCGACCCACAGGUAAACACAGGGGUCAUCUAUAUAGCCCCCGACCUCCAAGACGCCUCCAGUGACUGCAAAACCGCGUGGUCCAACCACCGAAAUCCCCGUUCAAGUUCAAGCCGAACCGCACUUCGUGCCAGAUCGUACUCACCACAGUGGGCACUCGCCGCUAUUCACCACACCUGACGGCGCGCACGCGCAUCGAUUCAAAAAUCCACAAAAAGCGAAAACACUUCGUUGGAGCUGCUGAAGCCAAACGCAAGCAAACCGCGCUUCGCCGUCGCCUCGAAAAUCGCCAGUUCAAAUUCCGAAAUCCCGAAAUCGCGCGCUUUUCAAAUCCUGCGAUCCUGCCGAUAAACAAAAUAUAUACAAAAAGCCCAUUAUAAUGCUGUUCACCUGUUGAAUUCUGUGUGCCUGUGUCUCGAUCAAGAAGCUCCAAGUCCUUCUCUGCCCCCACAAAAAAAACCCAUCAAAAUAAACCAAUCUCUUUAACCAACAAAAACCCACUAAAAUGGCCUGCUUGAGCACUUCCGGUCGCGUCGUGUGCGGUUCUCGUCGCCAGCAGACGCACAAGUUGCUGUAUCAGCUAUUCGGAUCAAGACCCGGACUGACUGGGCCAUCCCCAUCGACAGGAUUCAGCCCGCCCAAAGUUCAACACCAGGCCAGGCGACUCUUCCACGGAUUAAGCUUCAGCAUGGGCAAGGAUUAUCCCGAUCUGCUGCAAAAUCCCCACAAAUGCAGUCAUAGCUCCCAGCCGAAUAUCAGACAACACAGCUCGGUCCACACACAACAGCCAGCUGGUCCCGUGAGGGAGUUCCAGAUCGAUCCCUACAUCAUACUCGACGACGACCUCAAGUACUUUUACGACGAUGUGAGAUAUCUGCUGAAAUCGGGCACAUCCCAGCCUGAGUUGGACACCAUUGCCAGCUAUUAUUUCGACGGCCAGGGAAAGGCGCUGCGACCCAUGGUUACCAUGUUGAUGGCCAAGGCGAUAAACUAUCACCUGAACAACGAGUCACACCAAUUAGUACACAAACAGCGACAGAUCGCCCUCUUUUCGGAGAUGGUUCACUCGGCCAGUUUGGUCCACGACGAUGUCAUCGAUCAGUCGGACUUCCGACGCGGCAAGCCCAGCGUGAAUGCUCUUUGGAACCAUAAAAAGGUCACAAUGGCUGGCGAUUACAUCUUAUCGAUUGCCUCGAUUAUGAUAGCGCGUCUGCGCAGCGAUGACGUGACGAUCGUGCUGAGUCAGAUCUUGACCGAUUUGGUCCAAGGCGAGUUCAUGCAGCUGGGCUCAAGGGAAACGGAGAACGAGCGCUUCGCCCAUUAUCUGACCAAGACAUACAGGAAGACCGCAUCGCUGAUCGCCAAUGCACUGAAGGCGACCGCCGUGAUUGCCCAGGCCGACGACAACGUGGCCGAGGUGGCCUUCCAGUAUGGACGCAACAUCGGCUUGGCCUUUCAGCUGGUCGACGACAUGCUGGACUUUGUCUCCUCCACCGAACAGAUGGGCAAGCCGACGGCGGCGGAUCUGAAACUGGGAUUGGCCACCGCCCCCGUUCUUUUUGCAUGCGAAAAGUACCCCGAGCUGAAUCCCAUGGUGAUGCGGCGCUUCAGCGAGCCCGGCGAUGUGGAGAGGGCCUUCGAGCUGGUGCACAAGUCACAUGGCCUGGAGCAGACCCGCUUCCUGGCCAAGAAGCACUGCAACGAGGCGAUACGGCUGGCCCAAGAGCUCACGGAGUCGCCCUACCAGAAGGGCCUCCAGGUGGUCGCCGACUUAGUCAUCAACCGCAUGAAGUAGAGAACCCUAAGCAUAAACAAUAUACGCGUAAUGCAAUAAUAAUAAUAGUGUUAUGUAGGCCACACACUUGAUGUUUCGAUUAAGUUCUGUUCAGCCAGCGGGCUAGACAAGAUUUAUUAUUUAGUUUUUAGGCAUUUGUUGUUAACACUGUAAAUAAUUGCAUAAACAAAAACCUAAUCAACAAACACAUAAUACAUAAUAACGAGAUGUUAUGAAUGAAUUUUUAACAAAUUUUAUAUGCAAUGUUUUUCGAAAACUUUAUUUAUACAUGUGAAGAGAGAGCGAAACAAUAGGAGAAACGAGAAAAUUGUACAAAUAUUUCUUCAAAAUAAAAGAAAUCGAAAAAGGGUUGCCACGGGUUUACCGCGCAACAAACGAGAGGAAACUACUUACUAUAGAAGGGAAAAUGUUUAUUAGUCAAAUGCAACAAAAAGCAAACAAGUGUGUAAAACGAUAUUUAUAAUACGAAGCACGAAGGACAUAACAUAAAUGGUUUAUUUUAUAUAUUAAAUACUUGAUUUAGGGCAUUUCAUGCCUAAAUGGUUCAAUGGUCAUAUUGCCUGCACUCCUUUCUUGAAAUCCCUUCCGACCGCACAAAAAUGUAAUUUAGAGGAUUAAAUAAAAUAAAAUAUAUUUUGAACCAUUCGCGCAUGAAAUGCAUAUAAUAUUAUGUUCUAUAAGAAAUGUAAUGAGGAUUGUACGUGAAACAAUGCUGCCCAGUCUUAAUUUUAAACCUUUCUUCUCCGCCUCUAAUGCAAUAGUAAUUUAUAAGACAUCAACACACAAAAUCGAACCGCAAACCCCCAUUUCGGAAUGCCUAAAAAACCCUCUAUUUAAUUUAAGUUUUUAUUUUAAUUUAUAAACACAACCUCAAUUAAGUCAGUCAGCGAAAUUCGUUUUUUUUUUGUGUGUACAGUUUCAAAGAGAAAAACCAUGGGGCUCCUUUACAGCCCACAGCUCUACACAGAGAAAAAAGAGAAGACUAAAACCAGAGAGCGUAAAUUGCCAAUCCUGGCCAGUUGAUCAAUUCAAAUGGGUGCUGAAGACGAUUUACCCACAUGUUUUAGAGGGCGAACGAUAAUAAAAACGAUGAUAAUGAUGUUGAUAUUGAUACUUGUAAUUACGAUAUUUGUAUACUUAAAGAGAUGAAUAAAAAUUCGAUUUUGUAAAACAAA